AUGAUCCAGACCACGCAGUCCUUCGAAGCUCGUGGUCCAGAAAACCGCGUGAUUGAUGUUGUGUUGCGUGAUGCAUUGGAGAAGCUUCGGAACACGGCCCCGAAAAAACUCAAGGAGCUGCGGGAUGUUGUGGAAGCCGACUUGAAAACGCUGGAGCACCUGCCCGCCUCGGGGGCGAAUGUUUCUGCGAAUGACUUCUUUCAGUCGUUCAAGCUCGGCUGCGAAGCUGCAGGUCUGCCGAAGUUGGUGGUCAUUGCUUUGGAGGCCAUCCAAAAGCAAAUCACCUACGGCUUCCUCACUGGCAGAGGUCCAGACCCAUUCAAGCCAGAGAAUGGGCGGCGUCUCAUUGAUGCUGUGGUGGAUUCCGUCUGCAACUGUGCAGAGUCUGCUGAUGACACAGUGCAGAUGCACAUGAUCAGCACGCUGCUUGCUGCUGUAACCUCGCAGGUCUGCGAGGUCCACGGCCAGAGUCUCAUGUUGGCAGUGGAUACGUGCAUGAAGCUGUACCGGGACUCGAAAAGCCAGUCCAACCAGCGCAUGGCUCAAACAGCUUUGACUCAGAUGCUUUCAGUCAUCACCCAGCGCUUGGAGCUAAGCUCUGCCGACAUGUCGAGCCGAGCGGAGGAGGUCUUGGGCUCGCGGUCUGGCGCCGCUUCUGCGGGCGCAGCGAACUCAGAGCAGCUGGCGGCCGUGGUCGCCGCCGCCCCGGCCGCCUUCGCGAAUGCCAACGCGGACCUGGCUCAGAUGCCCAAAGGGCAGCUCCUGAACGAGUGGAUGUCAUCUUACCUGUCUGCAAAGAUCGACACCCUGGCAUGGAACCAUGAAAAGGAGAACGGCCAGAAGGGUGAGGACCCCCCUCCUGGCAAGUUUGGAUGGUGUGUUGUUUGCAGAAGUACUGCCAACCACUAUUGCGUCGACACGCGGGACUCGGUUUGCGGGCAUGCGUGCAAAUACCGCAACCUGGAGCGUCUGUCGCUGGUUGAGAAAUAUUAUGGCGCAAAGCGAGAGGAGGCCUCCUCUCCAGCAGCCUCUCCAUCCGUGUCCAGCAACGCUCCGGCUGUACCAUCGCAGUCCUCCAGGGACACCUUCGCGAACAGGGACGAAGCGUCUUCUGCGAUGGCAGAUGUCUCCAGUGCAAAGUCCAUGAACGUUUACCACCAGGACUCUGUCAUCAUCCUGACGUACCUCAUCAACAGCAGUGCCAAGGAGUCGGUGCAGAGCCAGGCCGACUCCAGAGCUAUCAGGAACAAGCGCAUUGCCCUUGAGCUCAUCUUGGGUGUCCUCUCAAAUGCAGGACCUGUUUUCAGGUCAUCGAAGCAUUUCGUUGACAUCCUCAAGAAGCUCGUAGGCGACUCCUUGAUCAAGAACAGUGUUUCACCGAUCCCAAAGAUAUUUGGGCUCUCUUUGCAAAUUUUCGUGUCACUGAUAACGAACUUCAAGGAGCAUUUGAGAGACGAGAUCGGUGUGUUCAUCGAGCAGAUUUUCCUGAAGAUCCUCGAAAGUGGGAACUCUGACUUCCUUCACAAGAGUAGGGUGCUGCAAAUCUUCUACAAACUCUGUACAGAUGCGACCACGCCGCUCGAACUGUUCCUGAACUACGACUGCGAUGUAGACGAGAAGAACAUCUUCGAGCGGACAAUCGAUUGCUUGUCGAAGAUCGCUCAGGGGAAGUACACUGCGGUGGAACAUGCCAACCUCAUCCAGCCACAUCAGGAGCAGGAGCUGAAGCAGUUGGCCUUGCAGUCUUUGGUGACCCUGAUGGGUUCCAUCGUCGACUGGGCUCGACGGAUGGCCGAGGAUCAAAAGAUGCCCAUCCUUGGCCAGGGCAGCGAGGAUGCCAAGGCGAAAGAUGGACCAGAGAGCGACGGGGAGGAUGAUGCGAGUGAUGUCGUUCCCUCUCUGACAACAAGCGCAUCUCAGUAUUCUCAGUCUUCUGGUGUGCCGACGAGCAGCUUCAAAGAGCAGAAGCAGAGAAAGCUAGACCUGCAAAUAGGCAUCAACAAGUUUAACAUGAAGCCAAAGCGUGGCAUCGAGUACUUGAAGAAGAACGGCUUUUUGACCGAUGACCCGGCUUCACUUGCUGCGCUCUUCAAGAACACAGAGCUUGGCCUGGACAAGACGGCCAUCGGUGACUAUUUGGGUGAGGACAAGCCAUUCAACAAAAGCGCGCUGUUUGCGCUUGUCGACGGCUUGGAUUUCAAGGCUCAGUCCCUGGACGGAUCGUUGAGACACUUCCUCUCGUACUUCCGACUCCCGGGAGAGGCCCAGAAAAUCGAUCGGAUGAUGGAGAAGUUCGCGGAGAAGUAUUGCAGCGACAACCCUGAGCGGUUUGCGAAUGCAGACUGUGCCUUCGUGCUGUCAUUCUCGUUGAUCAUGCUGCAGACCGACCUCCACAACCCAGGCAUCAAGAACAAGAUGACCAAGGACGAGUUUGUGAAGAACAACAGGGGCAUCAACGACCAUCAGGACCUCCCGCGAGAAUAUCUUGAGGGACUCUACGAUGGCGUUCUUCACAACCCGAUUUCAUUGCAAGAAGACCAAGAGGCCAGAAAUCGACAAGAGUCACAGGCAGCUAGAGACUCGAACCAGAAGUACGAGCUUUUCGUCAAGGAGACGGAGAGCAUGGUACAAAAGACGAAGGCCGCGAUGCAGAUGCGAAGGAAGAGCUCCGCCUACGUGGUCGCCCAAAGCGUGGAGCACGUGAAACCCCUCUUCGAGGUGGCCUGCUGGCCAUAUUUGGCGACCCUGGCCGUCCUGCUGGAGAUGGAGGUGCAUCUGCUGUGUUGUUAUAUCCUGGCUCUGCUUUUCGCUGACCUCCAGUUUGUUUAUUUUUAUCCUUCGAUGAACAAGCGCCAUUUGAUAGCAACAUAA